CAGAGGGGUUGAGGAAGCAACGAGCGAGAGACUAUUCAGCCGGCUGUGUACGACAGCUCUCAACGUAUUCUAACAUUUACGUGUCAAAGCGGAGAAAUAUAGUCUAACAAGUACCAAAGUCCAUCACUGCUAUACUACUAAACACAGAUGGAGAACAAAACCGAAAUGCGCAGGGACUCUAAUGUGCUUGCCAACCGGGAACUGGAGACGAAAGUUCGCGUCUUGGAGGAGCAGAAGCGAGAGCUUUUGGACGUCAACAUUGCCUGGGAUAAGCAGUACCACCUGAUGAAGGAAUGCUACGAGAAAAAGGUACGGGAACUGAGACAGAAGCUGCACGACGCUCGCUCGGCUUCAGCCGAGCCGGAGUUCAGCCGACAGCAACCCAGCCACCAGCAGCAGCAGCAGCAGCGGAGAGAGAUGGAGGCAUCUAAAGACGAGCAGCUGGAGGCGGCCCUGGAUCGCGAGAGUCGUUUGGUGCUCGAAGUGGCUCGGCUCAACCGGGCUCUGGGGGAUGCGCUGACUCUGCCCCAGCCUCAGCACGCAUGCGUGGCCGCACCCGAGCCGACCUCGCACUGGGAGGAGAUCGAAACGCAGAACGAGCUGCUCCGACAGCAGGUGAAGUGCUACGAGGAGGACUUCGCCAUGGAAAAGAAGGAGCACAAGAAAACGUGCGGCGAGCGCAAUGCCCUGCGCGCCAAUGUGGGCAAGGCACAGGAGAAGAUCAUGGCCUUGAACUGGCAGGUGACCGCGUACGUGGCGCUCUGCAAGAAGGAGCGUGAGGAGAGGAAGAGGCUGCAGGCUCUGCUAGGCCAAGACGCUGCCUACUUGGUACCCCGCGGAUAAAACAUGGCGGAAACAUCGUCGCAACGACGUCGCAACGUGCCCGAUGCCCCACUCGGACUGGGUGUUUGUGGGGGUUUAUUUUUUUUUGUAUGAUGUACCGAUGUUAAAUGGUAUAUAAUAUAUAAAUAUUUAUUUUUUUAAAUCCUUAACGGGUCAUCGCUGAAAUAGUUUACGAAUGCUACCACUGUGCAGGGAUUUUGCGUUGUGCUGUUCAGCACUUCAUUGUGAACCCUCGUGCGUAAUUUUUUUCUGUAGAAGCUCCCACGACGUGACUUGCUAUUCACUAUGAAUGAACCCUAAGCGACCCCUCAAGUAAAAUAAGCAAAACCACAACCACUGAAUUCAGUUCCUGAUAAAGCUUUCCAGCAUGCGGACUGAAAUAUCGGACGUCGUACCGAACAACGAGUGGUGCAGUGCUACACACGCAUCAUCGAGAGCCAUUGGAACUAUUAAUGUUUAAAUAUAUUUGCUAGGUCUAUUAAAUUUCAGCCAGGGUCAUUUUCUGCCCCUGUAACGAAGAGCUGCCCCAGCCGUAGUCGCGGAGUUUACUGAAAGUAAACAAAAGCGAAAUAAAGGAAACUCGGCCGCUCUGCCCGUGCCAAUGUCUGUUUCCCCGCAGUAGUUUGUUGGGUUUUUUUUUCUUUUAAAGCCGAGCGGCGCGUGAUGUGCAACGCCUGCCAGCUAUGCUGCGGGCGAAGUAUCGUCAACAUUGCCAUCGCCCGCACUACCUUCGUUGGCGGUCUCUUGCGUCCUGCGCCAAUGACCGGGAGGGACUAGCCGCCUAACUUCAUUCGUUCAUUCGCUCCCCUGCCGCUCUGAUCGCCGGAGUUUCGGGAGGGGGAGGAGCGGUGGGGUGAUCACGAUUCAAGUUCGAGAACCUGUUAAAAAAAAUUGCCAUCGUGAUUGUCCUUUAGUGGCUACGAGUUUUAUUAAGAUGACUUCAUCAGCGAAAUGAUAACCCGGGACGGCAGCUGGGUGAGGCUGCCGAUGUGAGUGACUGACCGACCAGGUGCUCUUGUGUUGUUGCCUGUGCAGAAGAGAGAGCUGUGGCAAUGACAAACGAUCCCAAAACGCGGCUUCUUAAGCUCAGCGAAGGGGUGUUAAGUAAAAUAUCUAAUAAAUAUAAUUUAUGGGGUUUUUUUUCCAGGACUCCCCAUCGAUUUGUCAAUCGGAAAGAACCGAGGCAUGCACCUGUGGUUCCACCGUUGUAUUAAUUGAUGAACGGCACUUGGCCGAUUUUUAUGACUUGGCCGUGACCUUGGCUAUUCGCCUGAAAGCAAAGUGCCGUGAUUUAAUUUUUUUAUAUUAUAUAUAUUACAAGUGCAAUAUACAUGUCAGUACGGAGAUGGAUGAAGUCAAUGUUAACUUAUAUUUUUAUACACAGAUUUAACGUAUGGUAUAUAUAUAUAUAUACACAUGAAUUUAAAAUACAGCAUAGACAACCGCACUGCUAUUAUGAACACUUUUGAAAGACGAGAGUUUACAAUUCGUGACAAAAUAAAUGUCAAUAAGUUGUUAAAGAAGACAUUUCUUAUGUUUAUCAAUCAAAAAAAGGCCAUCCCACUCACCAGGUCGGCCGUGGGGAGUUGAUUGACCAAACUUCCCCGUGCUGGUCGUGCGGGUGCGGUGAAUGGGUAUCGGUGUAGAUGUCACUCGCCACUGACGUUAGCCGUCGUUGAGUCUAACUCUGGUAUCUGGUGGCUAGGGGUCAUGAUGAAGUACGCUAACCACUGUCAUACCGCUCCCCAUGUUGUACGAUUAAUGCAUACAGCUCCACAUUUGUGGCCGUUAAGUUUUAACAACCGUCUAAAUGUUGAGUCUAUUGCCCUCGUGUUACCUAUCAUCUACUAAUUUAAAUCGUGUGUCGUAAAUGACCGUGGUGAAUUCAAGUUUGAAUUCAUCUGAUCGGCAGAAAUCCUCAUCAGAUGAAUACAUUUCAGCUUUAAAUGCGCGUGCGAUUUUAUUUAUGCGCGCUCAAACUUUAGCAUGACUGUUCUUGAAAAUAGCAGAAGAUGUGUGCUUUUCGAAUUUGGACGGCAAUAAGUGGAGACUUAACUGUGAAGUUUCACGAGAAAUGUCUGUGAUACAGGUACAAACACUAAUGUGUAUUAAAAUAUAAUUUAUUAUAUAUUUAUGACCAGUGAAAAAAACUAUUGCACUCAGGAAAAUCACCAUGAACUAGCUGCUACUGUUUACAAUCCUUCAUCGCAAACGAAUUUGGAACGUUAUGUUCUUGAUGAUGAAGGGCGAUAUCGUUUGGACUCGUGCAAUCUGUAAUGUGGUUUUUGCCAUUAUGACGCGUGGAAAUACCAAUUUAUUUAUUUUUUGUUACAUGUGUAUUUUUGGUAAACAACUUUUGGUAUUUUUUUGUUGGUUUCCAAUCAAAUAAAGGUAUUUUUUUAACGA